AGGCAAAAUGGAAAAAUAUUAAUUCAAAAAAAUUUCAACCUCUCUCUCUGGGUCUUUCUGUCCAAAGGGAAACCUAAAAUUGUUUCUCUCUCAUUGUCUAUUCUCUUCCAUUGGGUGGUAAAUUGAUUAUGGCGACUGUCAAGAACCCUAAUAUUUAGCAGCCGCCUUUGGAGUUGCAGGGAAGGAAAGACGCGACAUCCCAAAAGCCGCCUCGAUUUUGUGUUGAUACAGGAGGGUUAGCUGCCUCACCUGAAGUAAGUGCUUCGGGGACUCCCAUCUUGUGGAUGUUUAGCUCGUUGGAGGGGUGUUGUUGUAUGAUGUUUUGGGAGGGUUGUUAUCUUGGAGGUCAUCGUUCUUGCGAGAUUUUCCGUUUGAUUUAUUGUUCUUGUUGAUUCAUCUGGAAGUUAUGUGGUCGGGCAGCUUUUGAUGGUGAAUCUCUUUUGUUCAUAUUAGUUAAGUUUGUUCAGAUAUUACCAGUGGCCGAUAGAGGAAUUGAAAUCAUUACAUCUUGUUUAGUCGGAACUUGAAAGAUUGGAUAGCUCUACUUUCAGAAAUCGAAGGUAUUUUUUCGUAGAUACUGUGAUAAUUCGGAGUGAUUGUUGUUGUAUGUUGUUUUAUUGGUUGGGCAAAAGUUGACUUUGGUAUUAAACUUCUUGUAGAAUUCUUCUGUAGUUUUAUAGACUUCAUAGAAUUGGAAAACUGUGCCUGAUUUGGGGUUAAGUAGUCGGCGCCGGCAAUGGCCGAUGAGGGCCUAAGGAUGGGUGGGGGGCUUUAUAAUGGAUUGGCUGUAGUAUUGAAGGGGAAGGAAAGCAGUAAUGGUUCUGGGAAAUCUCAUCUUGUUUCAUAUUGUGAAAGUUUUGGGGAACAGCCUGUGGAGCGUGCAAUCGAGCACAUAUUCGACCUCCCGUAUAAAGCAAUUAAUCAUUUGAACAGCCCGGUGAACAGUGGUGAUGUGCGGACAAUAAUACGGCAUGAGUUCUUAAGGCAUCACCAAGAAUUGAAGACUGUUAGUCGGAAUAGAGAUGGGGUCUGCACAAUCUAUGAUACAUCACAGCAAGUGGUUGGGCUUGAUGAAUCUAGUAUUUGCGGUGACAUUCGAAUUCUCAAUCAGCCUUUGCUCGUGGAGAGCGAUGCGUUGUUCAGUAGUGUUAGGGCCAAUGCCUGUGUAUGGAAAGGGAAGUGGAUGUAUGAAGUUACUCUUGAAACUUGUGGCGCACAGAAGCUUGGUUGGGCUAUAGCUUGCCCCUUCACUGAACGGAAGGGUGUUGGCGAUUUAGACGAUUCUUAUGCGUUUGAUGGUAAAAGGGUCUGCAAAAGAAAUAAAGAAACUGAUCCCUAUGGCCAGGGGUGGGUUGUGGGUGAUGUGAUUGGAUGCUGUAUAGAUAUGGAUAGCGAUGAGAUACUCUUUUACCGAAAUGGUACCUCACUUGGGGUAGCUUUCACUGGGAUUCGGAAGAUGGUGCCUGGCUUGGGGUACUAUCCAGCUAUUUCUCUCUCUCAAGGGGAACGGUGUGAGAUAAAUUUUGGUGGACUACCAUUUAAGUAUCCUAUUAAAGGAUUUCUUCCCAUUCAAGCUCCUCCCCCUUCGACGUGUCUUGCAACUAACCUGUUCGAUUGCUUUUUAAGACUCUUGCAAAUGCAGUGCCCACGGAGGCUGGAAUCCAACACUAUUGAGAAGCUGAGCAGGCUGAAACGUUUUGCGUCCUUUGAAGAACUUUAUAAUCCUGUCUCUAAAGGCAUUUGUGAAGAGUUGUUCUCUGCUCUCAAUGCUGAAAUUGCGAGUGCAGAGUACAUAGGACAUGGCCCCUUUUUGUCAUUCAUGAUGGAAGCCUUCAGAAUUCGUCCCCCACAUGACUAUCUAACCUUGAACAGAGUACUUGAUUCCCUUCUCGGGUUUGAUGAGUCAAAGCUAUUGUUUGGGCAUGCAUUUGAGGCACUUUCGGGAAGAUGUAAAACAGCACCCUUAGUUCUUACCGAGUGCCCUUAUUCUGGAUCAUAUAGUUAUCUUGCUCUGGCAUGCCACAUGUUAAGGCGGGAAGAACUGAUGACUCUCUGGUGGAAUUCAGAUUUUCAAUUCUUGUUUGAGGGGUUUCUUUCAAGGAAAGGUCCUAACAAACAGGAUCUCCAAUCUCUGAUUCCCUCUGUCUGGUGGCCAGGCUCGUAUGAGGACAUAUCUAAUGAGAAUAACAUGAUGCUUACAACUACAGCUCUAUCUGAAGCAAUAAAUAAGAUUGAAGAGAAGCAAAGGGAUCUAUGCCGUUUGGUUAUGCAAUUCAUACCACCUGUAGGACCUGUACAAUUGCCAGGCUCUGUCUUUCGAACAUUUCUACAGAGUAUUUUACUGAAGAACAGGGGUGCAGAUCGUAAUGUGCCACCCCCUGGCCUGUCAAACAACACAGUACUUGUCUCUUUAUUUAGUGUUCUUCUCCAUUUUCUCUCUGAAGGCUUUGCUGUAGGAGACAUCUAUGGCUGGAUUAAGGGCUCUAGGACGAAUUCUGGAACUCAUGUGGGAUUCCUUCACAGGGGUGGGCAGCAAAGUUUUCCUGCUGGCCUGUUUGUGAAAAAUGAUCCUCAUCGAGUUGAUAUACCCAGGCUAGGAGGAUCUUACAGUCAUUUGUCAAAAUUUAACAGUUUUGAUGAAGAGGAAGAAGAGGAAAUUAUUCGAUGGGAAGAAGGAUGCAUGGAUGAUGAAGAAAUGAGAGUGACUCAUUUUGGUAGGCAGAAACCAUGUUGCUGUUUUACAGAUGAUGGUGAUUCUUCUAAAAUCUUUGAAGAUCGCAUAAGAUGUAUGACUAAAGGUUCUCAGGGGAGUUGCAGCUCUAUUCCUGAUAAAUCGACUCACGUUACAUCUGAAUGUAGUGCUGCAAAUCUGAAUGAUGAAAUAGUUGAUAAACCCAGUACCAGCGAUCACUCUGAGUCUGAGUUUGCGUUUCGACCCAUGCAGCAACUGAGGAUUGUACCAAAAGAGAAUGCAUUUUCUUCAGCUACUUUAGAAGAGGAGGAGCUUUUAGAUACUAUGCUUUUGCUUUAUCAUUUGGGUCUUGCGCCAAACUUUAAGCAGGCAUCCUCUUUCAUGUCUCGUCAAUCACAGUCCAUUUCACUUUUGGAAGAGACCGAUAGACAAAUUAGAGAAUGCAUAUAUAGCGAACAAGUGAAGCGCUUGAGGGAAGCUCGCAGUGUUUAUCGUGAAGAAGUUGUGGAUUGCAUCAGACACUCUGCCUGGUAUAGGGUUUCGCUUUUCUCUCGUUGGAAGCAGCGGGGGAUGUAUGCAACCUGCAUGUGGAUUGUUCAGUUACUUCUUGUUCUAAGCAAAGGGGACCCGAUCUUCUCCUAUGUUCCUGAAUAUUAUCUAGAAACUUUGGUAGACUGUUUUCAUGUGCUGCGGAAGAGUGAUCCUCCUUUUGUUCCAGCCACAAUAUUUAUUAAGCAAGGACUUGCUCCUUUUGUUACUUUUAUCGUUACCCACUUCAAUGAUCCAAGGAUAGCGAGUGCGGAGCUAAGGGAUCUUCUUCUCCAGUCUAUUUCUGUGCUGGUACAGUACAAGGAAUAUUUGGUUGUGUUUGAACGCAACGAAGCAGCGACAAGAAGGAUGCCAAAAGCUUUAUUGUCUGCCUUCGACAACAGAUCCUGGAUUCCUGUAACCAAUAUUCUUCUCAGGCUAUGCAAAGGUUCGGGAUUUGGCUUGUCCAACCGCGGCGAGUCUUCAUCCUCAUCCAUAUUGUUUCAGACAUUGCUUAAGGAAACUUGCACCAGCGAUGAAGAGUUAUUCUCAGCUUUCCUCAAUCGCUUAUUCAACACUCUUAGCUGGGCGAUGACCGAAUUCUCUGUUUCAGUUCGUGAAAUGCAAGAAAAUUAUAAGAUGAUGGACAUGCUACAGAGGAAAUGCAGUGUAAUAUUCGACCUUUCUUGCAACCUCGCGAGAGUUUUAGAAUUUUGCACAGGGGAGAUACCUCAAGCUUUUGUAUCGGGGAUGGAUACAAAUUUGCGACGACUGGCUGAGUUGAUUGUCUUCAUGUUAACCCACUUAAUCGGUGCUAUCGAUCCAGAAGUUUUUGACCUAUUGAUUCGACGUCCGGGUCAGUCCUCCGAAAAGAUGAACGGCGGCAUGAUUUUCGCGCCGCUUGCGGGAAUCAUUCUGAAUCUUCUGGAUGCCAAUCGAGGGACAGACAAUGGGGACGAGACUCAAAACAAUGACGUGGUUGCCGUCUUCGCCAGCAUGGACUGCGCCAGCACCAUUCGUCACGGGGUUCAGUAUCUCCUCGAAUACAAUUGGGCGGGCUCGAUCAGGAGCGACGAUUACAGCGAGCAGCUGAAAAAGCUCGAGAAUUUCUCGACCCUCUUGAUGCGCCGAACGGAAAUUCAAGAAAUGGAGAAGAAUGUCGUCCGAGUGGGAGAAACCGAAGGCGAAGUAGAAGCAGCCGACGACGGGACAUGCUGCAUAUGCUAUUCGAACAAAGCCGACACCAGCUUCGAGCCGUGCAAGCAUAUAUCUUGCCAUGGCUGCAUUUCCAGGCAUCUCCUUAACUGCGAAAGAUGCUUCUUCUGCAACACAACCAUCGUCAACACCAUUGGGAUAAACAGCAGCAAAUGAAGGAUUUGUCCUAUUGUUUCUGUUGCAUUGCAUUUUGCAUCUGCCAUUUAGAUGACUAGUUCAUAUAUAAAAUAGAUACCCUUAUUCAAUGGGAAAGACCAAACUAUAUUAUUAUUACAUAUACAUACAUACAUGCACAUAUAUAUAUAUAUUAUAUAUAUGAGGGUUGUGCAAAUGUGAAAUAAAGUUAGCCAAGGAGGGAUGGAUCCUUUGGGAUUUGAUAUUUUUGUAGCCAAAUAUGAGGCCUGAGAGGCAUUUAUUUUUUAUGUAUGUAUAUAUAUGUAUGAGAGAUGUAAAUAAGAACCUGUUGAAAGAGUGGGAAGCCAUUGGAAGCUUUAAGUAGCUUCAUGAUGCA